UUCAGGUUUGAAAUUCCUGCAGCAUGGCGUCUGCACAGCGAUCUGCUAAAGAGUACCUCAGAAACACCAGGAAAGACCUGGUGACUGGCAUGAAAAACCUUCCUCUGAUCAUUGAGAAUCUUCAUCAGCAGAAUGUUUUCAAUGUCUAUGAGGUCGAUGCUCUCAAAGCCGAGAGCUCCGAGUUUGAGAAAGCCAGAAGUAUAUUGGAUUGGGUUAUUAACAAAGGUGAUGAGGCCAGUUAUAAAUUACUCAAGAUUCUGGAUGUCACUAAGAAGAGGACAUUAGAUCCUGGUUUACACCCCUGGAUCAGCUAUUUUCCCUUCAAAGAAGAAGACGCAGAGGCCAGCUAUUCAAUUGGUACAAAGCCCUGUAAAAACUACCAGACACAGCUCAAGACGAAAGCAAUAAGUAUCUUGAAGAACCAAAGGAAAUGUUUCUGUAAACAUCUGGAUGACAAGGUACAAAGAAACUUAGGUUUUAUACCUCUUGUUUUAGAGACCGACUCUGCGGUAAAAACUCCUCAAUGCAAAAUAAAAUUGAAAAACAAAAAAUGCAAAAAGCUACGGCCCAAGAAGCUGAGAGUUUACAUUCCUACCGAGGAACAAGCGCUGUCACCUGAGGAGCUCCGGAGAUGGCAGGACAAGAGCAUCCUCAUCAUCGGCAAACCUGGA